UGCCCAGAGCGAUUGUUAGUUCAGGCACGUUGGCAGCUCGGCGGCUGCUGGCCGCCGCAGGAAAGUUAGCGAGAGAGGCGAGAGCGGUGCCUUGUUCCACGCGAGUUUGGGCCCCGCGUGUCUGGGACGGUGUAUGCGCCGCAGCCGCCCCCUGCCCUGUCGGGGGGCCCGUUUGCCGCUUGACUCCGGUUGGCCGGGGACCGUGUGUGUCUCACCCCCCCCAUGUCCCCCCCCAAAAAUGGAUUUAAUUUUGAAUGUUUUUGAAUCAGCCAAUCACAGCUCUGUGGGCGACCGGCUCCUAGUGUCUGCUGAGGCUCAUGGAGAACGGCACACACAACCCAAUCAUCCGAGAUGUCUAUGCAGCUGCCAGCCACCUGCAACAAGCAGCGGUCAACUCUUCUGCGAAUGGGAGUGGCUGCAAAGAUCUGAUGGUCAAACUGACGGAGGGGCAGUAUGUGCUCUGCAGGUGGACUGAUGGACUCUAUUACAUUGGAAAGAUCAAGAGGGUAAGUGGCUCUAAAAAGAGCUGUCUUGUGACCUUUGAAGAUAACUCCAAGUACUGGGUCCUCUGGAAGGAUAUUCAGCAUGCUGGUGUCCCUGGAGAAGAGCCGAAGUGUAACAUCUGCCUGGGAAAGACAUCAGGGCCCCUGAACGAAAUCCUCAUCUGUGGAAAAUGUGGUCUCGGUUAUCACCAGCAGUGCCACAUCCCGGUGGUGGACAGCAGCGACGGCCCCGUGCUGACGCCCUGGUUUUGUCGGAGAUGUAUAUUUGCCCUGGCUGUACGGAAAGGGGGCGCCCUGAAGAAGGGAGCCAUCGCCAAGACGCUGCAAGCCGUCAAGAUGGUGCUGUCCUACAACCCGGAGCAGCUGGAAUGGGAUUCUCUGCACAGGACCAAUCCGCAGCAGUGUUACUGUUACUGCGGGGGCCCUGGAGAAUGGUACCUGAAGAUGCUGCAGUGUUACAGUUGCAGGCAGUGGUUCCACGAGGCCUGCACGCAGUGCCUUAGCGACCCCAUGAUGUUUGGAGACCGGUUUUAUAUUUUUUUCUGUGCAGUGUGUAACCAGGGGCCAGAAUACAUCAAGCGCCUGCCCUUGAGAUGGGUCGACGUUGUCCACCUGGCCCUCUAUAAUCUGGGCGUCCAGAGCAAAAAGAAGUACUUCGACUUUGAGGAAAUCCUAGCCUUUGUGAAUCACCACUGGGAUCCUUUACAGCUCGGAAAGCUGACCAGCACUCCGGCCUCAGAACGUGCUCCACACCUGCUCAAUGCACUCAACAGCUACAAAAGCAGAUUUUUGUGCGGUAAGGAAAUCAAGAAGAAGAAAUGCAUCUUUCGCCUGCGAAUUCGUGUCCCGCCAAACCCCCCAAGCAAGCUCCUGCCAGAGAAAGUACCAGGUUUGGGUGAGAAUGGAGCUUCUGAGCUGAAGAAGAGAGGAAAAAGCAAAUACGCCCAUAAAAACGGUUUGCUGCCGCAUGAAUUUCAACAGCAGAAAAGGCGAGUUGCUAGAAGAAAAAGAUCAAAAUUUUUGUUGGAGGAUGCUAUUCCCAGUAGUGACUUCACCUCGGCUUGGAGCACAAACCACCACCUGGCCAGCAUAUUUGACUUUACACUGGAUGAAAUUCAGAGCUUAAAAAGUGCCAGCUCAGGGCAGACUUUUCUUUCUGACCUGGAUUCCACAGAUGCUGCCAGCACAUCUGGCUCUGCGAUAACGAGCCUGUCUUAUGAAUCGAGCAGAAGGAACGUGGGCAGCCGGAAACGAAAGCUGGCGGCUAAAGCCUACGCCCCAGUGGGGGGGAAGAGAAAAGGCAUUGAACAAGGCGGGCACCUGAACAGCUGCGCCUCAGAGAGCAGUGAGGCGGCCUGUGCCCCGGAGCGCCAGGAUGAUGGGAUUGACAGCCACACCUUGGAGAGCAUCAGCGAGGACGACUCCUCUCUCUCCCACCUCAAGUCCUCCAUCACCAACUACUUUGGAGCAGCCGGCAGGCUGGUGUGUGGGGAGAAGUACCAGGUGCUAGCCCGCAGGGUGACUCCGGAGGGGAAAGUCCAAUAUUUGGUGGAAUGGGAAGGCACCACCCCAUAUUGAUCCCUCUGGCUUGGACCAGCCUGGGAAACCUCUCCUAGAAUUAAAUAGAUCUAUCAAUCAAACAAAACCCAUGACCUAAACCAAAGGAGGCAAGGGAUGUGGAUGAGCAGGGCUCUCGCGCUGGCCGUGCACCGAUGCGGGAGAGUUUUGACCGCUCUCCUUACGCUUACAGUGAGUUGUGCAGGCGAGGUUUGAAAGGAACACUUAACGGUCUGGAGCAGGGGAUCUCUAGGGAACUGUGAAGGACUUAGGACAGGAUAUAGCGGAGGCAGUUGGACACGGCGAUUACAUCCAAACUUACUGUGAGCCGCGGCAUCGGGUGGCUAAAACUGAUCGAGUUCUUGUUUUUAAUGAUGGUUAUUUUAUUGGUCAUGUAUAUACAACUGGCUUCCCCGGGGGACCCUUUGGCUAAGCCAAGGGAGCCAUCUUUGUGGAAGUGAGCAAUUAGUUAUAUGGCUUUUCAUUGUGAUACUCUGCUGCACCAUAGAGGCAUGGUAGGCCCAUCCGAACCACCCAGCAUCUGGCUGAUAGUGCACACAUGUGUCUGAUGGAGCAGCUCUUGUGGUGAGAGGAAAGCAAAGAGGGAAGUUUGAGUGGAGAAAGGAAAACCAAUCUGUAUCGAGCUCAAACUAUCAUCCCUUCUAGUAACAAUAAAAAUGCUGUUAUGCAGAAGAACCACA